AUGUCAGACCACAUAGAUUCCCUUCUAUCCCAGAAAUCCUCCGACUCGGGUCUUCACCUCCAGCUCCAUCCUCUCGUACUCCUCACGAUAUCCGACCACAUCACAAGACAUGCAGCACGAUCACAACAAGGACCGAUCAUUGGAGCUCUCUUAGGCCAGCAAAAUGGGCGUGAAAUAACGGUAGAACAUGCUUUCGAAUGUGUUGUUGUUGAGGGCCCGAACGGAGAAGCUCAACUUCCAAACGAUUGGUUCGUUGACCGAGUAAAACAAUUCAAGGAUGUCCAUAAACUACCUGCCCUCGACCUUAUCGGAUGGUGGGCAACAGCUCCUCCUUCCGGGCCAACAUUAGCACACCUCCCAAUUCAUCGCCAGAUCCUCCAAAGUCACAAUGAAUCCGCAAUAUUCCUCGCAUUUCAUCCGUCCCAAGUAAAGGAAGCAUCGGCAACUCAAGGGAAACUACCUCUCACUGUUUACGAAAGUGUCUACGAAGGAGAGAGCGUGGCAGAGAGCGGAAAGGCUAUGCAGGUGGACGGUGAAGAACAGUCGUUAAAUAUUCGUUUCCGAGAAUUACCAUAUACAGUUGAGACAGGCGAGGCGGAAAUGAUCGGGAUCGAUACUGUGGCUCGCACAGCAAGGAAUGCGGCCGCCAUACAAUCCUCAACAGUGGCUCCAGCCUCCUCUCAGACAAACACUCAGAAGCAAAAAGAGAAGCAGACAGUUGACACCGACCUCCUUUCAGCUGAGGAGGAAGAACUUAUCGCCUCUCUCAACACACGCCUGAAUGCCAUCCGAACACUCGAAUCGCGGAUAUCCCUAAUCAAGUCCUACGUCUCAAGCAUAUCCCCGUCAUCCCCAGAAGGCCAGGAAAAGUCUGCAACCCGACUGGACCAUGGCACUCUCCGAGACAUAAACUCCCUCCUCUCAAACCUAUCUCUUCUCACACCACACGAACAAAGCGCCUUCUCCGAGGAAGCUCUUGCGCAAAACAACGACGUCAACCUAGUAGCCCUGCUUGGGCAACUCAGCCAGAGCGUUAAAGGCAUGAGGGAAGUCGGCAAGCGCACGGCUAUUGUGAAUAACGUCAGGAGGAACGCCACCGCGCGAAAGCAAAUGGGCGGGCAAGGACGAUAUGAGGAGGAUCUUCUGUCGAGGGACGGCAUUGCGCUUGGAUAG